ACUCUUCUAUAUUAUUUUCAAAAUAUAUAUAUAUAUAUGUUGGACCAUGAAAAGAUGGUUUCCCGACAUGUGGAGGUCCGAAUUUGCAUAACAUUGGUGGGCCCCAGCUAAUUACCACGCUGAAAUAGCCACACGCUGACACGCAGCGAACAAACCGCUGCGCUCCUCGUCGAAGGCGGUUUCUUGCCUCGUCGUCUCCGGCACGGCACUCCGCACCGCACUCGCCUGCUCUUCCCGGCAGCAGCGGCCACCGGAGGCCGGCGAGUGUAUCUACGGAAGAGCGAGCGAGCACCGGCGCCCACCGCCUGUUCGACGGAAUGCCUCCGGGCCGCGAGGACAGGAGGCUCCACCCGAACGCCGCGGUGAACGGCGGCGCGGACCUCCUCAGCAGCCUCCCGGAAGGGAUCCUUCAACACGUGCUCUACUUUCUGCCCCCACAUGAGGCGGUGCGCACGUCCGUGCUCUCCCGCUUCUGGCGCGACCUCUGGAAGUCGAUGACCGCCCUGCGCAUCUCCGACUACGGUAGGUGGUCCUCUGCGGCGGACUUCAACACCUUCGUCAACAGUCUGCUCCUCUCCCGCGACCGCUCCCCUCUGCGGGAGUUCGAGUUCUGUACCUAUUUCCAUCCUCAAAUGCAGACCGAUGAAUACAAGGACAGCGAUGAGGUUGUCCGAUACGUCGACAUGUGGAUCCACCACGCUUUCAUGUGUGACGUUCGAGUGCUCAAAGUCAUUGGCAUGUCCUUACCCAGACCCAUGGUGCUAGCUCAUGUGCCUCUCAUCGCCAAGCACUUGGAGACCCUGCAGCUUUGGUCUGUAUUGCUGGAUGGCUGCUCUAUGGAUUUCUCAAGAUGUGAGAGGUUGGAGGAUCUUAUGAUGGAUGACUGCAGAAUUUCGGCCCACAGAAUGGUCUCCAAGUCACUAAGGCGCCUGCGUGUCUGUUACUGUCACUUUUCUCAUGAUACCCGUACUCGGAUUUCUGUGCCGAGUCUUGUUUCGCUUCGACUGGAUGGAAACAGAGGCAUGACACCUUUCCUUGAAACAAUGCCGCAGCUAGACAGAGGACUUGUCAGACUUGGUCCGACUACGGCUCUCAAGGAUCUUGAUGGCAGCCAAACGUGUGUGCUUCUUGAAAGUUUGUCCAAUGCUACAGAUUUGGAGUUGGUAACUGAAUCUAGAGUGACUAUUUUCAAGCAAGAUCUGAAAUGGUGCCCUGCAUUUAACAAGUUAAAGACUUUGAUACUCAGUGAUUGGGUGUUGGGCCGUGACAUUCAUGCACUAAAAGUUAUCCUCCAGCAUGCUCCAAUUCUCGAGAAGCUCAUUCUUCAACUUUCUGAUGAUCAUAACUACGAAAUUGAAAUGGAAGAAAGUUGCAGUCUGGUGCAAAAAUUUCUUCCAUCUGAGCACCUCAAAGUAUUUGAAGUUAGAUGUAGAAAGGAUGAUGAAAUGGUUGGCAAGCUUGAGAAAAUGUUGAAGGCCUGUGGUAUAACUUCUAUUACAUUCAGUUUACAGGAGCCCUGACAGUUGAUUCACAUACCUCAGAUUCAGGAUGCGCAAGGUUGAUUUUGCUGUUAAUGGGUCUGUACAUUCUCUCUUGAGCACCCAGAAAGUUGCGGCUUGGGUUUGGACGAAAGACAUUGUUUGCUGAAGCUUACAAAUUGUAGCUCGAAUUGGUUAUAUUUCCUACUUGGGUGACCAGAUUUAACAACACUGUUGAACAUAUGCUUUCCGCUACUCUGCACUUCUGCAGUUGUAGUUUUGCCAGACGAACCUCUCGUCUCCUGUGUUGAGAACCAGAGAGCGUCUUCUCCCUACCCCCACUCGUCUCCUGAUGGUCUUGCAAGACUUUUGUCCUUCGUUCUAUCAUGUAAUGCUUAGGUAUAUCAGCUUGUUGUUAUCGGCUGGCAACACUCUGUGAAGAUUCAUUUUCUCGGUACAGCUUGUUGUUCGAAUCUUGUGCGCCUUUUGGUGCUCCCCAUCCA